AUGACAGACUUCACCCUCAAUCUCCACCAAUCCCACUCCCUCAUCACCACUCUCCUAGCCCACAUCCAUGCUUUUCCGACAGAGCGCUUGCUGUACCAUGCUCCCGUCCUCGACCGCAUCUACAUUCCCACUGCAGAGGAGAAGGAUGCUGAGCGGGUGGAGGAAAGGAGGAGAGUAUGGAGGCAAGAUGAAGUGUUUGGAUUGAGAAAGUUUGUGGAUAUUGUAGAGCAUCAUGAGAGUGUACUACGGAAUAUGAUCGAUCAUGGCAUACCUCCGCAAGAAGAUCCUCUUCCCUCAGUCCAAGGCAUGGAAACAUUCUGGAAGAUCCUCAUUACUACCGAACCGCCUAUAGUCGGGGUCAAAAUGCCGAUGGGCGGCAACGCCGGCGGGGCUUUGACACCCAAAGGUCAAGGAAAAGGGCAGCAGAAGAAGGGAGGAAAGAAGAAUAAGGACUGUUGGGUGGAUGUGAUUGCUCGUGGUGGGAAUGAGUGGGUCAGGGUGUACAGCAAGAAGAUCUCGCAUCUCCUAGCAGAGUUCCGCGAACAAGAUUCGUAUGUCAACUCGGACUUUGACUCUUCGUCUGAAGAUGAAGGAGGAGCCUCGGAGCCCAAGAAGACGAAUGGCGACCACGACCCAGACCUCUCGAAUUCCCUUAUGCAAACCGCCCACGACCUUCUGCGUGCUUCCGCCUCCGCGCCGCGUAUACCUGGCGCUUCGCAGCCUGCCUUAACGAUUUGGCUUACAAGAAUACCAGACUCUCCCGAAGAAUGGCCCGACAGGCGGAUCCCCAAGACUUUGCAAGCACUCGGGCAUUUGGGCAUCACGGUCCGCCACCUUUCACCACCUGCCCUCGACACCCUUACUGGAUAUCCAGUGCCAAAGCGGCUACAGCCGAGUAUGAAUAUCAACUUUGAUAUCACCGCCCUCCUCGGUCUGACUUCCGACGUCUUGCACUAUCCCCUCCCGAAAUCGCGUGAAGAAGCUGGUGCGCGUUCGCUCCGACCUGCAGGCGAGCUUCUCGGGACAGGCUCCCUUGCUCGUGGUCGGGAUGGGACUGGUAGAGGAAAAGGAAAGGGGAGAAAAGAAACGGACGCCGAAGGAGAGGAAGGCGAAGAUGAUGUGCUCAGAGGCCAAAGUCAGAAUUCGCGCGAGCUGUAUCGGUGUAUACUCGAGGAGAUGGGCCGCCCUUGGAUCGAAGAGUUCAACUCUGUCAUCCUCGCCGCCUGGCAAUCGCACCCUUCCUACUCACCUUCCUCUUCGACCCCACCCCCCUGCGAAUUUUGGGCGACGAAACAAGCCGCGCAGUAUACUUUUGAAGCUCUUACGUCUGGGCCAGCUCAUGGAGAGGGUAUGGAGCAGAGGAGGAUGAAAAGGAUGUUGGGGUAUGAGGAGGGGGAUUGGCUGGAGGGCUCGAGGUAUGAAGGCAAGGGUGGUAUUUUGGAGGGACUGAAGAUUAGGGUGUUUGAUGACGAGGAUGACACGGUUGGGGAGCAAGUGGACAAGACAGGUCUGCAUAAAACGCUUGAAGCUAUCUCGGGCGACUUUCUCCAAGACUAUUACGCUUCCCUCGCCCCACCUCCUACGUCCAAAUCGUCCAAACUUCCAACUCCUUCCCUCCCAAACUUCCUCCAGCCCAAGAAACUGCCCUCCCCGCCUGUCGCCAAGAUCACCCUACCCUUCCCCGUCGUCUCCUUGCACGCCCUGCAUAGAGGGGCAAAAGAAGGGAUGACUACGGUGAUGAUGGGGACUGCUACGUUCAAGGAGGUGUGGGGCCAGGGGAGAUGGAAAGUCCGAGGUUGGGAGCGGGGAAGCUAUGACCUCGCAGCUGUUGACGAUGGGGCAGGUGGAGAGGAAGUAGGGGAGGAGAGGAAAGAGAAGGGAAGUGCGGCGGUGAUGAUCUUUCCCUACAGGGUGUUUGGAGAGGGGAAGAGGGUGAGGUUUGAAAAGGGUGAUUACGCUUACCCAGCGUAUCCUAAUGCUGAGUGA